AUGACGGCCUUGGCGAAUCCUUCUCCCGUUGUCCAUGAAGAAAUUGAAGGCGGCGGUCGUACUUGUCAAGAUAAGGCGGCCGAGCACAAUGAAGCGGUCGAGGACCCAAUUGAUGCCUGGGAAAUUUUUGAGAUUAUUCGUCGUAUCCGCGACCCUGAACACCCAAACACACUGGAGCAACUAAAAGUGGUGGAACCCUCCCUGAUCACCGUCGACUUCAGUAACGGACGCAAGUACGUAAAGGUCAUGUUCACGCCCACGGUUCCCCUUCACUGCAGCCUGACGGCUCUCAUCGGCCUCAGCAUCUCGUUGAAACUGCAACGCUCCUUGCCUCAGUACACGAAGAUUGACGUCUACGUGACCCCAGGUACGCAUGACCAGGAAGAGCAGGUGAAUAAGCAGCUCAAUGACAAGGAGCGCGUCGCCGCGGCGUUGGAGAACAAGAACCUGCUAUCGGUCGUAGAGUCUUGCAUGUACGACUACGAGGAAAACUGCUAA